AUGGCCUCUUGGCACAAGGGCGAGGAGAAGGCCAGCCGACAACGAGCCAUCAAACGAGGAGACAGCGGGCCAAAAAAUAGUCUAGAUACGGCACCAAUCAACGGGGCGGGAGGGGGGCGGGAGGAAACGGCGAGGGAAGCAGACCGACCGCGUGACGUGACGUGUUGCGGUUGAAUUUCAGCGACUAAUUUUUCUGUUGCCCUCUCCCCCGUUUGCUGUCGCGUUCAGACUGUCUCUACGGAUAUUAUCCCUGUCUCUGUGCGAGUUUGUUUAUGUCCUCGUCUGUCUUUGAUUUAUUUCGUUUUAUUUUGUUUUGUUUUUGUACUGGCACGUACUGCUGACCCUUGGGGUCCUUCCGGAAGGCUACCCCCCAGGCUGGUGGUGCGCACGUUCC